AUGAGAGCGGCCCAUCUUCAGGCUCUCGACCGACUGGAACUUAAAGGGGAAGCCGGAGCAUUCAAAAGAUUUGCCGAAAGAGUUCGCUCCCAUCUGUUCGAUCUUAGCCGAAUUGGGGAGAUGUCCACCGCCGACGUGAUAGAGAAAAUAUGCCUGAAAUUGAAUCUUCAAGACAGACUCGCUUGGAACGAAGAGCGACACGGCCGCCUGGAGCGACGGAGCCUGAACGAUUUUGGAACCUGGCUCUGUUCGAGAGCUUCAGCCUACCAAAACGCAUAUAGUAUCGCUGCCAGUCAAGCUAAUUUCUCCGCUCCGAUGAACAAAGGAUUCAACCCGCGGCGAACGAGAAUCCACCAGGCGUCAUCAAAAACUCAUGAAGGAGGUAUCGGCAUGCAGUCUAAUAAACCUUAUUGCUUCAAGUGCGAGAAGGGGCAUCGGCUGUCUGAUUGUGAGGACUUCAAGGCACUUCCCAUUGGCGAGAAGAUUCAGUUUUGCAUGAGACGACGACUUUGCUUCAACUGUUUUAGCUGCAAGCAUUCUGUCCGUGAAUGUCCAACAAGCCGUCCAUGCAAACACACCGAUUGUCGCUACACCCACCACCCUUUACUACACGAUUCAGAGAAGUUGCCGGUUAAGACCGUUCAUCCAUCUACGGCCCGAGCGGAGAAAGAACAUCGAGUUGCGCUGGGCAUGCUGCGACUGCAGGUACAAGGAAGCGACGGGGGUUGGUGCUGGGCCAACAUUUUCACCGAUGAGGGGAGCGACACUACCCUGGUGCGCAGCGCUUUUGCCACAUCACUCAAAAUCCGAGGCUCUCCGCAGGUCCUUACCGUAGAUGGUGCUGGUGGCGUGGUGACCAGUUACCCAUCCGAGCUUAUACACUUCCAGUUGCGUGCCGAAUCCGGCGAAAUCAUCACUCUCGAGGGGUCUACCAUGAAGAAGGUGGCAAGUCCAGCUCCGACAACCGACUGGAGCAAAGAGAAAAUGCGGUGGCCACAUUUACGAGAUCUACCAGUAGGAGAGGUAGGAGGCAAGGUUGACAUCCUCAUCGGGACGGACCAUCUACACCUGCUUGCCGCCCGAGAGUCGAGAGAAGGUGAAGAUUACGAGCCGAUCGCGUCCAGGACUCGUCUCGGAUGGAUUAUUCGAGGCGUUACCAACAGAGAGGCUCAUGCCCUGGCAGUGCGCAGUUUCAUGAUUGCCGGCCGGACCCAAUUAGACCGGUUGACUUUUGAGAUGCGUCGCUUCUACGACACGGAGGCGUUCGGAACGGAAUUCAAGCAAGGCUGUCUAUCUCCCGAUAAUCAGAGAGCUAUGGCGCUCGUGAAGGAGAAGACACGAAAAUUAGCCGUCGGUUACGAGGUUCCUAUCAUUUGGAGAGAUGGGGAACCGGACCUCCCGAACAAUAGAGCCAUGGCCGUCAAUCGUUUCCAGAGUCUACUGAGGAGAUUUCAACAUCAGCCGGAACUCGAACGGGAUUAUGAGGCCGCCAUGCAGAAAACCCUCGACCAAGGGUACGCAUCCCGUGUGGAGGAUCCGGCUGACGCGAAAUAUUUUCUCGCCCACCACGGCGUGUAUAAAGGGACGAAGCUGAGAGUUGUGUUCGAUGCUGCCGCCCCCUUCAGAGGAAAAGCUCUCAACGACGCCAUCAUAGGAGGACCAGCCCUGCAACCAGCACUGGCGGCCGUUAUCACCCGUUUCCGGCAGGAAGAGUGUGCCUGGGCUUCAGACAUUGAGGCGAUGUUUAGUCGCCUUCGUCUAUCUGCGGAAGAUGCGAGAUUCUUCUGUUUCUUAUGGAGACAGAAAUCAUCUGGCAACAUGGUGGCGUACAAGAUGGAUAGGUUGCCUUUCGGAGCAAGUUGUUCCCCGUUUGUAGCCAUUCAUACGAUCCAGCGGAUUGCAGAAGACGCUGGAGUAGAGGAAAGGGUGGCCGUUGCUGUUCGAGAACGGAUGUACGUGGAUGAUUAUCUGAGCUCCGCGCCAACCGUUCAAGAAGCUGUACAAGAAGCAUCCGCCGUGAGAAAAAUGCUAGCGGACGCGGAUUUGAACCUUCAACGUUGGGUGUCCAACUCGCCCGACUUCCUGCAGCAGAUGACCGUCGGCACCAGACUGAGUUCGUCAAAUAUUCAUCAGUUGGGGAGCAAUUGUGAAGAAAAGGUCCUAGGGGUUUUCUGGGACGUUCAUGCCGACACUUUGGGUUUUAAAGUUGUCGAAGCGCCCGACGUCAAGUUCACCAAGAUGGAGCUGGCCAGUCGAGUAGCCGGAGUUUUUGACCCCUUGGGCACCGCGUCGCCGAUUAUCGUGAAGGCAAAAAUCCGUCUCAGAAUGCUGGGACAGAGUGGACUACAAUGGACGGACGUAGUAGGCGAAGAAGACGCGAGCUGGUGGCUUCUCUGGUUCAAAGAGUUACAAUGUCUGAACCGAGUUGCGAUGCCCCGUUGCUCAUUUCCAAAUCGUGAAACCCUUGAGUCGUCGGAACUUCAUACUUUCUGCGACGCGUCGGAAGAGGCGUAUGCGGCCGUCCUUUAUGUCCGGAGUGUUUUCUCCAGUGGCCAAGUGGUGAUUCGGCAGGUGAAGGCGACCAAUAAGCUUGCCCCUAAAAAGACCAUAUCGGUGCCGAAACUUGAGCUGAACGCCGCACUGUUAGGCGCCCGUAUGACCCAAGCCGUGCAGCAAGCUCUACCAGCCCAUAUUCAUCGUCGUCGAUUCUGGACAGAUUCCAGUACGGUACGCAACUGGAUUCGCACCGCUGCAGCCAACUAUCAAGUUUUUGUGAGUAAUCGAAUCGGAGAGAUACAAACGAUUACCGACGAAGGCGAGUGGAGAUUUGUGCCUGGGCGGCUCAACCCUGCCGAUGCUGCCACUCGAUCCGCUCUGGAUGGGGAUAUCUUCCCGGCCAUAUGGCUGAACGGACCAGAUUUCCUUUUACAGCAUGAAGACAAAUGGCCGGUCGACCUUCCAUGGAUGAAGAUCAAGGAAGAAAUGCGGCCGGUUCGAGUGUGUUUCGCGGCCCAAGUGGAGAAAACGGAUUGGUCCAAGGUCCAGCUCACACCCAGUGACAUUCCGCAGCUGUGUGCGUUGGAGGGAAAAUUCCUGGAUCUUGUUCGUCAGUGCCAAGAAGAGUCGUUCGCCGAGGAACUACAUCGACUUCGAAAGAAGAAGGCGCUCUACUCCACCUCCUCUCUUCUAGCGCUUGCACCCAUCCUGAGUGAAGACGGACUACUUCGUUUAGGCGGGCGUGCCGGUCGGGCGCGAUUGCCGUAUGAUCAGCUACAUCCACCAUUUCUUCCGGGUCGGCAUCCCUUUACGGAGAGGAUCGUCGUCGCUUUUCAUCAGAGUCUAAACCACGUCGGAACAGACUUUCUUUUGAGUUAUAUUCGCCAACAUUUUUGGGUGACUAAAGGCCGAGAAGUGGCCAAGAAGAUUCGACGCGACUGCGUAAUCUGCCGACGCAACCGCGCGCAGCCGGGUGAGCAGAUAAUGGCGGAUCUAACGGAGUCUCGUCUCGAUUUUGGUUCUAUCCCUUUCACCCGAGCUGCUGUGGACUUAUUUGGUCCACUAGAAAUCGGAUUGUAUCGAAACAAAACCGCAAAACGUUGGAGUGUGCUGUAUACUUGCCUCGUCACCCGUGCCGUCUUCUUGGAGUUGGUGCCGUCGUUGUCCUCUUCUGACUUUCUUCUUUCUCUCAGAAAAUUCGUCGCCAUGUAUCGCAGUCCAGAAGUUCUGCACUCUGACAACGGGACCAAUUUCGUUGGUGCGGAAAGAGAGCUACGUGAAGCAGCCGACGCAUUGUAUGCAUCCGAAGAGCUUCCAAAGUACAUGCAAGCUUCCCGCAUAAAAUGGACAUUUCAGCCUCCACGGACUCCGCAUUUUGGCGGGGCCCAUGAAUCAUUAGUCAAGUCUACAAAGAGAGCGCUCUACAACGCUUUGGAGCAAGAGAAAGGAGAUUUUCGUUAUCCAUCAGAAGAUCUUCUGCGUACUCUACUCUACGAGGUAGCUGGGCUCUUGAAUACUCGUCCAUUGACCUACGCAAGCUCGGAUCCUUCCGACUUCCGCCCGUUGACGCCCAACGACUUCCUGAAUAGAGCUCCCACUGCUUACCCACCCGCCGGAUUGUAUAGUGAUGCACAGCCAAGAGAUCAUUACCGAUAUCUACAACGCGCCCUCAACUUAUUCUGGGAUAUUUGGAAGACCGUCUAUUUACAAUCCUUGGCUGCGAGGAAGAAGUGGCAAACUCGCCGUCCAAAUCUGGAAAUUGGAGACGUCGUGUUGGAAAUCAACAAGGGUUUCGAACGAGGUGUAUGGAGCAUAGGGCAUGUCGUCCAAGUAUUUCCGGGCCCUGACGGCUGCGUGAGAUCAGUGGAGGUUCAACUUCCGUCCGGAGUCUUCCGCCGCGGAAUUACAGAGCUGUGCCUGCUUGAAACUAACUCAGCCGUUCCGGCCUCGGGGGAGGAUGUUUCCGCGAAAUCGCAAUAA